UCUGGCCAGCAUACGCUGAGCUGAGCUUAAGCUUGAGCUGAGCUGAGCCGAGCCGAGUCGAGCCCGAGCUGAGCGCGGCAGCAGGCCACUGUCCUAUGACUCGGAGGGACGGGCCGCAGCCGGCAGCGGCAUGUAGAGCUGUAGAAGGAGGGGAGGUGCUGGAGGAGGAGCAGCGUAUGUUCUCUAGCAGAGCAGAGCAGAUUAGAGGAGCGAAGACAGAAGAGAAGAGAAAAGAAAAAGAGAAAAGCAGAUCUCGUCGAGAGGCAGAGGGCUAGAGGGCAGAGCUCUCCGGCAGCAGCAGCAGCAGCAGCAGCAGGAGCGCAGCAGAGAGGAGAGAUGAAUGAGUGAUUUUUGUGGAGGAAGGAGCAGUAGUUGUGGGGGCUCUGCAUCAUCCCUCCCUCUCUCCCUCCCUCCCUCUUGUCCCCUUUUGCUCCCUCUCUCCUCCUCCUCCUUCUCUCCUUCUUCCCGAAGAGUGAGCGAGUGUGUGUCUGCUCGCUGUUGCCGCCUCCCACCACCUUCACCGUACCCCCCAAUCCCAACCCAGCCAUCAUCACCAUCAUCAUCAGCACCAGCACCAGCAGCCGCUGCUGCUGCAGUUCUGUCUGUGUCUGUCACUCUGGUUCAUCACGCACUCACUCAAAGCCAACGUCCUCUCGCUUUCUGCUGAAGAAAGGAGAUUGGCCCGUGCACCUCUCUCCACUUUCCGCUCGGGACAACAUUGCUCGUCGUCCUGUCCUCCUUCCUUGCUCGCUUUUGUUGGGAUUGCGUUGCGUUGCGUCGCCUCGCAUCGGCCCGCCCUGGCCUAGCUCGGCUGUCGUUCUUUCAAUUCGUCGCUCGGUCGGUUCAAUCAUCCAGUCAGCCAUUCAUUCAUUCACUCACUCACUCACUCAAUCACUGCACUCGGUGGCCGCGUUCCGUCUUCUGAUGCUGAGGCGCAUCGGGCGCGGAGAAGAGAGAUGGGAAGAUGAGUACGGAGUCCGACGGGCGGGACGGGCGCUUUUGGCAAUUGCGGAUUGAGCACGGCGUUGCGCUGAGGAUGAUUGGAUGAAUUGCGCCAGGGCCUACAGGUUUUUAAGCUCCAGGGCCGCGUGCAUCUCUCCAGGGCUAGCGAGAGCAUCAGGAUCAUGGGAUGCGUUGUGGCAGCGGGCAGAUCCAGAUGAUCCAUUGAUCGCCUCAGGGGUUUUGGAAUGAGAGCUUCGUGAGCUCCAGCAUUUGCCUCUGCGUGCGUGCGUGCGUGCGUUACUGGGCGCUCGUCAGAUCAGAAGAUUCUAGACUGACACGAAUCCAGACAGACAGAAGACAGACAGAGGAGAGGGAGAGGGAGAGCGGGGGAGAGAGAGCGGGACCCUGAGGUCGGAGGAUUGAUUAGGCGAGGCAGGAACGCAGUGCAUUCUUCUUGCGGGCGGAGGAGGAUUUACAAUCUCGAGCGGCAGACGGAGUAGAGUUGCGGAGUAGAGUGGUCGUCGGACAGGAAUGGGCGGUAGUGAACAACUAUGAGGAGGCAAAGUAAGAACUGGACGACUCUCCGUAUGCUGGCAUCACGAGGCGCUGGGAUGUGGGCAGCUUUGAUGCUCGCCCUCCUCUCGUUGCUCAUGAUCGUCAACAACUUUCAUAUCAUCUCGUUCCAUUUUCGUCAAUCUCCUUUCGCCCGUGACCUAGAUGGGUCGUUGAUCAUCACGACGAUGCAGAAAGGGUGGGGAGAAAUAACGAGCGAGGAAAAAUCGGAGGCCCAGACUUUGGAGGAAGAGACGCAGGACGCCUUAAACCUCGACGGGCAAAACCUGGACAUCGAAAACCUGGAACUGCAAAUUAACAACGACGAAGUGCGGCAGGCUCUGCUAGACCACGAGGUCGAGGCCGAGGUCGAGGUGCGGCCUCCUCCUCGUCAGGUCCGACGUGACGAAGAUGAAACUCAUCGAAUGCGGCGUGUGGAGGAUAUUCCUCGUCGGAUACAACACGAGGAUGAACCUCGUCGUAUUCCCCGAGACGAUGAUGAGCCUCUCCGGUUUCGAGAGGAUGAUCCUCAUCGGAUGAUCCACGAGGAUGAUCCUCGUAGGCUACAACGUGAGGAGAUCUCUGAGGACAAACCCCAUCACGAUCGUAGCCUGCGGGAGCCCCCUCCCACCCAAAUUCUAGUGAAGGACAAUAGGACUCGGGCGGCUCCUGUACUAUACCUUGAUACCUCAUUACCUCCAGAUCAUCCGUGUCAGGGAUUCACUUUCCCUCCUCCACCUGCUGACAAGAAAAGAACAGGCCCACGACCUUGUCCAGUUUGCUACCUUCCUGUGGAUCAAGCCAUCAAAGCGAUGCCGCCAGGCCCAACUCGUACACCUGUGCUCAAGCACUUGACCUACAUUAGAGAGCCUGAAAUCGCAGAUGUUUUAAGUACGGGCAGUGGAUCGGAAUUCGGAGGCCAUCCAACUUUGGAAGACCGCGCUCAGUCGUACACGAUUCGAGAAAACAUGGCUGUACAUUGCGGGUUUGUGAAAGGAAGUGAUCCUGGAGUGGGAACGGGAUAUGACAUUUCGGAGGAAGAUCGUGCGGAGAUGCACAAAUGUGGAGGUGUAGUUGUAGGAUCGGCAAUUUUUGGGAAUUAUGACGAUAUUCAACAACCGGCGAACAUCAGCGCAGAGGCUAAAGCCAACGUCUGCUUUUUCAUGUUCAUCGACGAGGAAACAGGACGGGCCCUCCUCACAAAUGCGGAUUUGCGGAGUACGAGAAAGAUUGGGCUUUGGAGGCUGGUGGUUGUGAAAAACCUGCCCUAUACGGAUGCGAGACGAACUGGGAAGAUUCCAAAAUUGCUAAUUCACAGACUGUUUCCCAACGCACGGUAUUCUUUGUGGGUAGAUGGAAAGUUGCAGCUUGUUGUCGACCCCUAUCAAAUUUUGGAGAGAUUCUUGUGGAGAACCAACGACACCAUAGCCAUAUCUAGACACUAUAAACGUUUUGAUGUUUUUGUUGAGGCGGAAGCAAAUAAAGCUGCGGGAAAGUAUGACAAUGCUACUAUCGAUGCCCAAGUGGACUUCUAUCGCAGUGAGGGUAUGACUCCCUACAGCGAAGAGAAGCUUCCGAUCACAAGUGAUGUGCCAGAGGGAUGUGUUAUCAUUCGGGAGCACACUCCACUGUCGAAUCUGUUUGGGUGCCUAUGGUUCAACGAAGUCGAUCGCUUUACAUCGAGAGAUCAGAUCAGUUUUGGUAUUGUACGGGAUAAGAUGAUGGCUCAGGUGCCUUGGCGCAUCAACAUGUUUUUGGAUUGCGAACGUCGGAACUUUGUAGUGCAAGGUUAUCACCGGGAUGUGCUGGAGCAAAAGAUGCAGCAGCAAGCAGGAGGGACCGCAAAGGAUCCGAAAUCGGACUCCAUAAGCACUCAACACAGAUUAAGCAGAUCAAGAAGAUUACGAAGCAGGUCAUUGUGACCGACCAUUUUUUACUCCAUCUGGGUAUAGUGUCUACAGGCAGGCAGGCACCUAACCGUCCAUCCCACUAGCAGCACAUAGUAGGGACCUGUGUAAAGGAGUUGCUGCUACCAAGCAUAAAAGCUGCUGCACGAGUUUGAGGAAAGCUUCAGAGAAGCUUUGGAGCGAACGAGUACAAAUUUUUGAGGGUGCUGCUGGUGACAACCCAAAUAGGAAGGAGUUCAUCACAACCAGCUACUAACAACAACAACAACAACCACCGACAACAAUGCGAGGUGGUGGUGGGUCACAGAGAUCACAAUACGAUGCCCUUACCAGUGGACCUUCGUACGCUUCAUUCACCGCGCAUGCGUGCGUCGAGGCAUCGAUCAUGCUGCCCAAGCAAGCCGGAAUGAAAGCUGUAGUGGUACGUCCAGAGUGUGCAUACGGUUACACAUCAAUGCCAGUCAUACCUCAAUAAGAGGGACCCCGACCAUGCAACAAAAGUCCGGAGCAAGCUUGAAGGAAUGAAAUUGCAAGAAAACAUGUGUGAAACAAACGUAUAGUUCGUCUGCUUCCGCCCCAGAGCAGCACCUCAUUCAUAACGAGCAUGUAGUGGGGCACAGGUUCACUGCAGAUCAAGCGACCCAGCCCAACCCGACCCAGCCCAACCCUCUCAUCAUCAUUAAGCAGAUGAGUUUAAUUAGAAAUCAUUCUUUUAGACCAUUGUUGGUGAUCCACCUACUGUAGUUAGGAAAUUUGAGGCCACCAAUCGCCAAAUACAAAAGUAGGAUCACCCAUCUUUCUUCUUAUAUUACAAAAUUUGAUUGAUGUCUCUAACAUCACUUGUAACUACAUGUCACGCACUACAGAGCAGCUUUUACAUGCGCUGGGUUUCUGAGACCACCAUCACCCUCCUGCCUUCCCUUGCACCUGCUUCGUCUGUGUCUCCUCAAUCUGUCACUGUGCACUCUGUUCUGCUUUUGACUCAGUCGAUACAUCUCCCGAUGCCCUUGCUUCUCAUCUCAACAAUACCUGUCAUUCACCGAACGGAGCACCAUCGAUCGACAUUUUUCGAAGCUGGCCUUCGUUGUACCCCGGCGUGACACUUCGUGGGAUGUAUCUCACAAACGUCAGCAGAUGGAUUCCUCCAAGGCAAUGAGCAAGUAACCUGGCGAUCUGAUUAUC